CAAUAGCAUUCUCUAAAUGUAAUGGACCGUCGAUCGACGUGUACUUUUUGCAUUCGCUUUAUUUGUCUUCACCAAUAAUUGAAAACAAGACAUAAAAUAAAGAGGCUACAAAAUGAACCACGUAGGAGUUGAGAUCUACAACGACCAAACUAAUCGUUAAAGAGAGAGGUUUCAAAACUUGAGGUUCAUAUUGUACCAACGCUAACGUAAAACCUAAUCUCGUGUUUUCAUUUCUUCCUUCUUUAAUGCGAUUUCUACUUGAACCCAAAAAUAUAAAUAAAACUAGCUCACUUUUAUUCAUUUUCUUAGAUGAGGAAAACAAUACUGCAAUUUAAAUAGUACUUCCCAUACUACCUUAUCCCGUUCUCUUACAUGAGGAAUGAUCGAGAUCAAGGUAUUUUACUCUAAAGCAUACUAAUGUAAACUAAACAUACUGUAACCAUUACACAUUAUUCAGUGAUCUUCGAGUGGUUGUUUAGCCAUGUGUGCAUGCCUGCAUGGUCAUAUUUUGAUAGAUUUAUCUAGGUUUUUAGCAUUAUUCGGAUGAUAAAUAAAAAAUUUAAUAAAUGCAGAUAAUUUGCUUAUACCCCACGUAAUUUUCCUAAUUAAUAUUCUAGCUGGAAGCAUUGGGAGAACAACAAGUACCAAUGACGUGAAUUCGUGAAUCAUGAAUGCGUUUCUAUUUCAAAGCCACACAAAAUAAAGUUCCACGUAUCGUGAAUUUAGCAAAAAAAAAAAUACUUGAUUUUUUUUUUGCUUAAUCAAAAAAAUACUAUGAAUCUAUGACACUAUAUAUAUGGUUUCGUCUUCCCUAUAUAUGUAUGAUAUGCUAACAUUAAAUCCAAUAUAUAGAACACUUUUUUAUUCAGGUAAAUAAUCAAACCCCACUCCAUAUCUUAUAAGUCACACCACAUGCACAAGAUGUAUGUAUAUGUUAAAUAGAUACGUGUGUACUUAACUUAAACGAGUCGUAACACAUUCAUGGAGGCGUUGCUCUGCUCCGAGAUACUCAACAACAACAUCAGAAGAUCCUCUUCUUCUUCUUCUUCAUAUACAUGGCCAAUAAGCAUGCAUGAUCUCCUCCUCUUCAUCUCCCACAACCAUGGACAGAGACAACAACAUUCCUAGAUUCGACUGGGAUCUCUCCUUCUCCACCGUCGUGUCCUCUCCUUCCACCGGAACCGACGCUAUCGGAGCCAUCGAGUUCGACCCGAGUGGAGAGAUCUUAGCCACAGGAGGGAUCGCAAGAAAGAUCAGAAUCUAUCGUUUAAACUCUUUGUUAGGGACGUCACGUGAUGAUGAUGAUGAUGAUCACGUGGAGAGAUGUAUCUGCACGCCGGCUAAGCUUAGCAGUCUCAAAUGGAGACCCGACUUAACCGGUCGGGUUAUCGGGUCGGGCGAUUACGACGGGGUGGUCUCCGAGUACGACGUGGAGAAAGGAGUGCCUGUUUUCGAGAGAGACGAGCACGGAGGGAGAAAGAUUUGGAGCGUUGACUACACGCUCCGCAGUGGUUCCGUUUUAGGCGCGUCUGGCUCCGACGACGGAACGGUUCAAAUGUGGGACCCGCGAAACGGAGGGUUGGAUGAGACGGUUAGGCCCGGAGGUGGAACGGCUGCGAUAUGUUCGGUGGAGUUUGAUCCGUUCGGUGGAAAUUUCUUAGCCGUCGGAUGUGCUGACCGGAAUGCUUACGUGUACGACGUAAGAAGACUCGUUGACCCGAUAUUCGUGUUAGACGGUCAUACCAAAACGGUGACGUACGCUCGUUUCAUGGAUCAACACACAAUCGUCACGGGUUCGACCGACGGGAGCUUGAAACUGUGGGAUAUAGCUAACGGACAGCGCGUGGUUCGCACGUUCCGAGGGCAUGUUAAUAGCCGGAACUUCGUGGGGUUGUCCGUUUGGAGGCACGGUGGUUUGGUUGUGUCUGGGUCGGAAAAUAAUGAAGUGUUUGUGUACGAUAAGAGGUGGGGAGAACCGGUUUGGGUGCGUGGGUUGGGUGGUCAAACGGACCGGUUUGGGUCUGACCGUCGGUUUGUCAGUAGUGUGUGUUGGAGACAAGCUGAUGAAGAUUGGUGCACGCUUGUGGCUGGAGGAUCCGAUGGAGUUUUGGAGAUUUUCUCGGUUGGUUUUAUUACUUCAUAAGUGUCUAUAGUUAACGUCUUGAUGUUUUAAAAGGUUUGUAACUUAUAUACAUACAUAUAUAUUGAGAACUUGUUCAGUGAUUGCAUUUCGAAUACUUGAGAAAUAACACACAUUCUAUAAGAACUUGAGAUUCAUAAUGGGUAGCAACUAUUUUUUCCUCUCUUAGAGCAAUCUUACUGAGGAUAUCUACCCAUAGGUUCUCAAAACAUUAGACAAUAUAAAUUUUAUAAAUUAGAUGAAUAUUUUAAAAUUAUGAGAUAUUUUGGAUUAGGUUUCCUAUAAUUCUAAGAUCCAUAAUUAAAUAUUAAUUGUUAUAUAUACAUAGACAAAUAUUUGGGAUGAGAAUUCCAUGGUGAAAAAUUCCCAUUGGAAUUGCUAUAAGCAGCAUUCACGAAUAUAAUUUGCAAAUACCGUUGAAUAUUUACAUAAUGUGAAUAGUUCCUCAAGUUUAAAAGGAUUUUCUAUGCCGGCUCCUAACUCAAUUAACGAGAUUUCAAACAUUUUUUUUUAACACAAGAGAUUUCAAACAAUUAUGGUAGCAAAAAUGACGUGCGAGCUAGCUCCUUUGAUGAAGUACAUCUACAGAAGUGACCUUGUAUUAUAACUUUAUCGACAACAAGAGACAUAGAUAGACAUUGCAAAUCUAGUGUAUUUUGUCAUCGAAAUAAAUAUCACUGUACAAACAAACAAAAAUACUUGAUCGUUCAUACAGUUUGCAUAUGAUAUGCAUCUUGAAACUGCUACAACAUAGUUCAAAAUUUAAACAAGAAAAAAGAAACCUUGAACAUGAAUAAAAUUACAACAACCCAUUAAUCGAUUAAAUUAAAGCACGCCUUUGUCCACCGGUGUGACAUGCAAUUUUGGAAACCUUAGAGCACCAUUAUCCCAGUUUCUGUAAUGGGUUUUUAAAGAUAAUGGCCCAUUUAAAUAAAUCAAAAAGCAAUUAAAGGGUUGUAACCGAUCCUCUAUUUGUAAUUUUCGGAACCGUUUUAAAAGGGUUUCUGAAUGCACGUGUCAGCUUGGGAGCAAAAGGGUUUCUUUCUGCAUUUUAAUUUAUCUUCCUCUCAUUAUUUUCUUUGUUCUUCUUCGUUUCUCUGCUUCGUGAUCUCCGCAGGACCACAUCGAUUGAUCCGUAACGAUCGAUGCCAUUAAUCUCAUCGCGUUCUUCUCUUGCGAUUCUCUCUGCUCUAACUCGAUCUCCACUCUCCUUCUCCAUCUUCAGUCCCUAAACUCACGUCUUCUCGAGAACCAGAAUCGGCGACCGUUGUUCUUCUCUGAUUGCUUCCCGGCGAGCCCUCAAUCUAAUCCAGGGUACCUUCGAUUUAUCUUUGUGCUGUUAUGUUCGUUGUAGGUGUGUUUGUUUAGUGGAUCGUUGCGUUUAUGUGGAUCGUUAAGGCCAAUCACGAGGUAAAGAUUCAUGCUUUAGUCUUGUUGGAAGAUUAAUUAGUUACUGAAGAAUGUAUAUUCAUAAGUUAUGAUUAGAGAUGACAGCAUCAAGUUACGAGCUUUGUAUAUUGAGUUGUUGCCGUUAAUUGUAUAUGUUAAUUAAUUAUUUUUAACGUCUUGAUUCUUCUGCGAGGCUUCUAUUCGUGGUUGAGGGUGUUGCGGCUGCAGAGAAUUUGAGCUGUUCUCUGAAUUUGAUUUGAUCGUUAGGGGAAACAUGGUGGAUGCAUUUAGAACGCAUAUAAUGCAAACCAAGGAGCUAGGGAACUGUCCUGUGCGUCAGAUUGGUGGCUGCUCCUUCGUAUACAUGCGAAUCAGCAAUGUCUACAUUGUGAUUGUUGUUAGUAGCAAUGCUAGGGUAGCUUGUGGAUUCAAAUUCGUUGUUGAGGUAAAAAAAUUUUAUUCUAGUCUGUGUUCAAGAGGUUAAAGAUCGAUUCUUUACAGUGGUUUUGGUAUCAUAUUUACGCGUGUGUUGGUGUAUGGUGCUUGCAAGUGAAGCAAUAUUUUCUGCA